GCAAAUUCGACGGAUAAACAUGGCGACUUUGGUCGAAAAGACUUUAGAAGCUUGCAAUCUGUUAAAUUUAAGAGAGAUUCCCAAACAGUGGUCUGAUCAAGCAUGGGAGAAUGAUUUCUGUGAUUUUGAAGGACUACCUGAUGUGUUGGAAGGGAAUGUUGAGGCAAAUCAAUACUAUAGAAGAGGGCUUUGCAAGUUACUGGCUUGUUGUCGAACAUGGUCCACUACAACACAAGACAGCACUGUACAAGGAUUUUGGAAUGUUUUGUCUGAUAACGAUGUAUCUCUCAAUAAUUUGAUUGCUGUCAUCCAUGCUAUGGUGAUGACUUGUAAAAGGUCAACCAAGCCAGGCCCUAAGGUAGAGAGUGGUGUCCUCUCUGCUAAUAUCUAUUUAGUGCUUCUACAGAUACCAGGCAGUGGUGCUUACAGAGUAUUUCAUUCUUUGUUAUUUCAAAAGUGCAUUGAUGUUCUCAAACACUGGCCAGUAAAAGGAAGUGCAAAAAGAAAAAGGUCCAAAGCACCCAAGAACAAUGAACAGCAAUCUAUAGGCAAUGGGCGCAGGGCUAAGUCACAGCGCAUGGCACAAGCAACACACCCCCAAGAUAAUAAUGAGUCAGAUGAUCAUGCAAGUGAUGAUGAUGAUGAUGAUGGUAGUGAUGAAGAUGACAACGAAUAUGGUGUAGCAGUCAUAUCCUCAGAAGCAGCCUCUGAAAAUAUUAAAGUGAAAAUUAUGGAACUUUUGCAGGAUCUGGUUUUCUUGUUGAGCACCUAUUCUGUGCGUCAUUCAGAGCAGGCAUGCCAUGAUAUCAUUCAGAGGCUAGUUGACAUGACAAGGAUUGAUGCAAGUAGUGCAUUGUCAUCUGGCUUUGGUUUCUCUUCAAAGUCAGAACUUCAGAAAGUCAAGUCUGUUUCCCUGCUUGGUUACAUGGGUUUAGCAAUGAUUUGUGGUGCUUUACAUGGAGAUGUUGGAUCAAAUACAAGAACUGUACUCAAGAAUCUUGUUCCAAACAUUUUGAUGACACACACUGGUCCCAAGGCAUCUGUAGUCAAAGACUUACAGCUGAUUAAAGACAAUGCUGUGGAAUUUGCCUGUUAUAUUGCAGAGAAGAAUUGUACACCAUCUCAAGAUGCCGUUAGAGUUCUCAUCCAGCAUCUGUGUACAAAGUGUCCAGACAAAGCUGAUUACAGGGUUCUGGUUGCAAAGGCUGCUGUUGAUGUCCUCAAGAGUCUACCAGACAAAUCCUAUUCCAGCCUGAUGGAAUGGAUUACCAAAUACAGCAAGAAUGCUAAGAUGAGCUACAGGGUGUUUGCUUUGGACUUCAUAUCAGAAUUACUCUUGCAAGAAAAAAGGCCAAAGAAUCAAGUUCAAACUGAUCAAGAAACCCAGGUUUUGACAACAAAGAAAGUCCUAUUGGAUAUCUUGAUUGGAAGAUGCUCAGAUAGGGCUCCAACUGUUCGUGCCAAGGCACUGCAGCACUUGUCACAGUCCAUAACAUCAGGUGAUGCAGAACUGGUAAAGCUUGUACAAGAAGCCCUUAAAGAACCGUUAGACAAGUCAGUAAACAGUAAUGAAAUCCACACUGUUGGGUCUAUGAUAAGAAAGAGGACCUGUGAUGAAAAAGUGGGAGUCAGGAAGGCAGCACUUCAAGCACUGGAGAGUGUGGUUCACCUUGAUUUGAGCUGCCUUAAAAAACCAGAUGUGAUGAUGUUACAUGAUCGCUGCAUGGACCCUGCCUUGUCUGUCAGAAAACAAGCAAUGGUAUCCCUGACUGCUUUGUUACAAGAACAACCUUCUGAUACUGUACUUCAAAGUUUGUGGUUGGAUGCAAUCUUUCCACUGGUACUGGAUAGAGAAACCACAGCACAAGAAAAGUGUUACAGCAUCUUAGAAGAUGUCAUUCUUAGCAAGAUAGUGCCAUUGCACAGGUCCAUUGCUGCACCACACAUACUGGCCUGGAAUCUCUUACAAAUAGUUGCAAGUCCUAGUGGACAGGAAGUCAGGCGAUAUUUACUUAAUGCAUGCCAUUAUUGGUCCAAACAAAACAAACUAAACAGUACUCUGGUUAAGUCACUGAUGUCGCACAUCAACUCCACCAACAAUAAGCCUGCUUGGCUGCUGUUGUCCCAGAUGGCAAGUGCGUCGAUCAAGAUGGACGACAAUCUAGUGAUCCAGUAUUGGAAGGAUUAUGCAGCAAAGAAACAAGAGUGUGAUGAUGAGACACUGUGUUGGGUGUUGUCAGUGAUUGGAAGUGUGAGUGACAAGCUACCAGAAGACUCGGUCACAACACUCACAGGUGACUUACAGCGCAUGUUGAGUGGUUUUAAGAGUUCUCCAGAAAUCAUUGCAGCCAUUAUAGGUACACUUUGUAAGCUCUGCAGAGCCCAGCCCCAAGCCAAGAGUAUGAUAGAUGGUUGGUGUGCCGACUUACUCAAAGCUUGCGAACAAACUCUGUCUAAUGUAGUUCUUGAUGAACACCAAGGUUCAAAAGUCGACGAUCAAACCACUGUUAAGAACCUAUUCACUGUCGGUGAGGUUGCCCAGCUUGCACCAGGCAGGACGACAGAACGUCUGUUCAUGUUGGUUGAAUCGAUGCUGAUAUCCCAGCCAACCAACACUACUACCAACAACACCACUACCAACAACGACAACAUGCCUCUACACAAAAGUCACCUUUCUUCUACCGUCAAAGCACAUGCCUUUGUAACUUUAGGUAAACUAUGCCUGCAGAAUGAGAACCUAGCCAAGAAGUGUAUAGCAGUACUGGCACGUGAACUGGACCUGUCUGAUGAUCCUGCUAUCAGGAAUAACGUGAUUGUAGUUAUGUGUGACUUGUGUGUUCGCUAUACUAGUCUAGUGGAUAGAUACAUCCCGAAUAUCGCCACCUGUUUGAUGGAUAAGGCACCUCUAGUCAGAAGACAGACGCUCACUUUACUCACACACCUUAUACAGGAAGAUUAUGUCAAGUGGAAAGGCUCGCUCUUUUAUCAUUUUACAACUGCUCUAGUUGAUGAAGACAGGGACAUCAGAAAAUUUGCGGACUUUUGCCUGGUCCAUCUUCUACUGACCAGGAAUCCAGGCAUGUUUCAACAGCAUUUUGUAGAGUGCAUCUUUCAUUUCAAUUCCUUCAACAAGCAUAAAGUGUUCAACAAAUUUCCUCAAACCGAACGUGAGAAAACACUUUUCUCGUUGAAAGGAGACACUAAUGCCAGUAAACGCUCAAUCAUCUACCAGUUUUUGCUGUCUCACAUGAGUGAUGAAGACCGAUUUAACUUGACUGGUAAACUGUGCCAAGAGGUUCUGGGUGCUAUCACAGAUGGAGACAUACCUCUUGACGAGGAGUCAGGCGCUCUGGUAAAAGACGCACUCAAAGUGCUCUGUAGCAAGGGAAUCAAGCUGUCGUCGAUGCGCACCAAGGCUGCUGAUGACAUGGCUGAUGAAGGUGACGCAGCAGGUGCUGCGCUCGUUCAAGCAAGAACUAAGUUUCUUACUCAGGUAUUGAAGAAGAACAUGAUUGAGAAUAUCAUCCCUAUUAUCAUAGAGCUCAAACAUAUGCUGGAGAAGCAACGCUCUCCUCUUUUGAAGGACCUUCUUGCUUAUCUGAAAGAAGUGAUGAAAGAUUACCGGAACGAAGUCCAAGAAGUGCUCUCUGUCGACAAGCAACUGGCAAACGAAAUUGAAUUUGAUUUGCGUAAGUUUGAAGAGGAGCAGAAGGAAAUGGAGGAACAAAAGAAACGAAAGCAGCAAGAAACUCUUCAGUCUCCUGGUCGUAGUCGUAAUCCAACUGGCAAUACUCCAGACUUUGUGACACCUCAGCUGAGAUCUAUUGACUUAUCUACAGCGAGUAAUGCUUCAGGUUUAUCAAGGACCAAGUCUCUUUCUGAUGCUCAAGUAGAUCCCAAAGGCCUUCCCAAAACUCCAUCUCAAGCACGUCGUCAUACCCUGGCUACUGCGGCUCUGCUGAACUCAGCUCGCAAAGCCAUGACUCAAGCCAGUAGACUUACUGAAGAUAAGCGGAAGAAGUCUCUGGGACAGCAAUUCAAUGCAAAGGGGGUAGAGACCCCACGAACAAGACAUUCAAGUGCUGCCGAGAAUCAAAGCAAUGAGGGUCGAUCUCCUCUGGCACCUCUCAUAGCAGAGGCAAAUGAGAACCAGGAUCUGCAGCCCUCUGAAACAGAAAAAGAACUUUGCAAAACUCCAGUCAGGAGUAAAAAGGUGACCCGAGCGGCCAGUACACCGGAGGGCAACAUCUCUCACCUGUCUCAGAUAUCCUUCUGCAUCAACACAAGUGCCAUUCCUCCACCAUCGCCUAUUCCUACAUCACUUCCAAUCAGGCUUUACCCCAAGGACAAAGAUGCUCAACCUGGGUUGAUCUUGAAGAAGGGUGUGGCAGAGGAUGGACAAGAAAACCAACAAGAUGUCAUUUGUCUACCCUCUCCUGAUCAAAGACUUCCAAAACCACGAAGAUGGAAUGUUCAGUCUCCUGAUAAGAAUAAAUCAGUCAAAACAAAAGGCAAUACUAAAAACCAGAACAACUCUAUUGCCCAACGCACCAGAUCCAAGAGAUCAACCACCAGAAAAUAAAAUAUUGCAUAGGGAUGCCAUCAGGGUUGUCCAUGUCUGUUUUUAAAAUGCUAAGAAUAUUUGAUUUGCACUUUGAUGUGGUAUUCCAUUGAACAUUUUGGAAAUUUGUAGUGACAUAUGGGGUUGUGUGGUCGCAGAAUGCUGAUGGAUCAAUUAUAAUACUCUAUUUUACAGUUCAGUGACCAUGAAUACUAGUUCCAAGAAGAGGUUGGAAACAUGCAUGGUAACUCCAGCCUUGACUUGAAAAUAUUAUUCAUGGUCACUGAAUGGAACUGUAAAAUAGAGUAUUAUCAGAGUGAUUGAAUGAUUGUCUACAAAGGGUAUUCUACUCAUUCGACAUAUGGAUUUAGUUCAUUUUUUCGAUUCCAUUAAACAUUUUAAAAUCACACACUCUAGCCUUUACCAUCUUGACUGAUGGCACUGAAAGUUAAAUCCCAACUUAUUCAAAACAACCAAAUAUGAUUUUACUUGCAAUACUGUUUUUACUGUGCAAUAUAGUUAGAAUAUUGUGGUUUUCAUAAUUAUUUCACUGUUAGUUGUUAAUACCAUGUACAAUCACAUUUAGUUGUCUAUGUAAUUAUGUCCUAAUUUGAACAAAUUACCCAUAAAUAGUAAACCUGUUUGAUUUGAGCAUUUUGAAUACUCGUUUAGCUAGUUCAGAUGAUAGGUUUUCCUAUCUCUGAAGAUUAAAGUUCAUUACACUCAUAUUUUAAAGCAGAUUUUGCAUGACUGUUAAAGUCUCACACUACUGAUGUAACGAGCUAAAAGCUAUAUUUGCACUUGAUGUAGUCAGUGGCGGAUCCAGGGGAGGGGUGCAGGGGGUGCCCACCCCUCCCUGGUUUGACUUUGUGCCCCUAUACUUCGAAGAUAACCAAUACAAAAUAAUGUUUUUCCCUUUGAUUCUAAGGGGUGCACCCCUCCCUGGGUUAACUUUGUGCGCAACACUCCUCCCUGAACAAAUUCCUGGAUCUGCCCCUGGUAGUGUUUCACGAUGGACAUAAGUUUAUGUCAAGCGACUGGUGUAGUUUUUAAUGAUGGACAUGGAUGUCAAGCAACAAAUACUUCUCAUGAUGUAGCAUUUUGUGAUAGAAAAAAGUAUGUAAAUCAUUAAAAUUCAAAAGCAUCUUAAACAUA